AUGGAUGACAGGCCUCCAGCUAUGGAGAUGGAGCAGAUUGAGACAUCCAAGCUCCCUUACAUUUUGGUCUCCCUUUGUGGCUGUGGUUGGGUCGUCCUUUGCUUCGCCUUUACAUCAGCAUCUUUCAUGCAGGAUGAGCCGGUGAGCUUCGGCAAGCUCGUUCUGGGAAUCGUUUGGUGCUUUGUCUUGGGUUGUACGGCUGUGUCAGCAUUGGUCUUCGUUCGUGCACCGAAGCUCAAGCUUGGGCGCGAGUUUGUUUGGGCACACGUGGACUUAGACAAGCUCGGCGAAGCUACACCACAGUUUAACGUUGUCCGCCUAGAACCUGGAGCAUGCAAGCCUUGUUUAGAGCGAAAAGCCAGCCCAGCGUGGACAAAACCAUACCCGCAGAAGACGUGCCUUUGCUGCCUGGAAGAUUUCCAGUCGCAGGAUACGAUGGCCCUGCUUCCUUGCGGUCACGUUUACCACGAGAGCUGCCUUGUGGACUGGUUCUCGACCCGGAAGACGCAAGGCACCUGUCCACUUUGUCGUUACAGCACAAUCGUCUAA